UUCCUCUUUCAUUCUCUAGAACCUCCUCGUCCAUUCCCUCUCCCUCACUCACUCACAUUUUAGGCGUUUCUCGAAUUCUUCCUUCCUCGGCAAUCGGACAUGGACCGGAGCUCCAGACAGUCAUCGGAAUACCUCCUCGAAAACUCCGACGACGACGUCGAACUGAACGAUGAUCGAAAAUCCGACAAUGGCAGCAGCACCAGUGAAGACAGCGCCGCCGAAGACGACGACGAUCGUUUCUCGUCUCUGCAAUGGCCUCAGAGUUUCAAAGAGACGACGGAUUCUUACACGAUUUCUGCGUCGCCGUAUUUUGGGAACUUAGGACACCGUAGUACGAGCGCUGCGUAUUCGUUUUCGGACAGUAAUUAUCUGCAAUCGGAUGUAAGAACGAGUUUUCUGUCGAAAGAGGAGAGUGUUGAGGAGAAAGACAAGCAGACAGACGCCGCCGCCUCCGCCGCGCACUUGUCGUGGUUGCAGAAGGCUUCGUUUUCAUUACAUGAGCAAAUUGCUGGUGAACUUCCCGUCGGCUAUGGAUGUAGCCUUUCUCAGACAAUAUUCAACGGUAUAAACGUAAUGGCCGGCGUCGGGCUACUUUCGACGCCGUAUACGGUGACGGAAGCCGGUUGGAUUAGCUUGCUAGUGUUGGUACUCUUCGCUGUGAUCUGUUGCUACACGGCGACACUUAUGCGAUACUGUUUCGAGAGCCGUGACGGGAUCAUGACUUACCCGGACAUCGGACAAGCGGCAUUUGGAAGAUUCGGGCGCCUCGCCGUUUCGAUAAUUUUGUAUGCAGAGCUAUAUUCGUAUUGCGUCGAGUUCAUCAUUUUGGAAGGCGACAAUCUCACGAGGAUAUUCCCGGGAACGAGCGUCAAAUUCGGUGGCGUUAAGCUCGACUCGAUCCACUUGUUUGGCAUUCUCACGGCUGUUAUUGUCCUCCCGACCGUUUGGUUGAGGGAUCUUCGACUUAUAUCGUAUCUUUCAGCCGGAGGCGUUCUUGCAACGAUCAUCAUCGUUAUUUGCUUACCUUUGCUUGGGAUCGUCGACGGUAUCGGAUUUAAUCAAACGGGUCCGCUCGUGAAAUGGAACGGGAUCCCGUUUGCGAUCGGCGUAUACGGGUUUUGCUACUCGGGGCACUCCGUAUUCCCGAAUAUUUACCAAUCGAUGACCGAUAAAUCGAGGUUCACCGAAGCUCUCGUAAUAUGCUUUGCAUUGUGCGUUCUCAUAUACGGAGGCGUCGCUGUCGUGGGUUUUCUCAUGUUCGGAGAGUCGACACUGUCGCAAAUAACGCUAAAUAUGCCUCCCGACUCGAUCAUUUCGAAAGUUGCUUUAUGGACGACGGUUGUUAAUCCGUUCACUAAAUAUGCGUUGUUGAUGAAUCCGUUGGCGAGAAGUAUCGAGGAGUUGGUGCCGCGGAGGAUUUCCGAUGAAUAUUGGUUUUAUAUACUUCUCCGGACAACGCUCGUCGUCUCUACCGUUUGCAUCGCCUUUCUUCUUCCUUUUUUCGGUCUUGUGAUGGCGUUGAUCGGUUCGCUUCUUAGCAUCCUCGUGGCAGUUAUAAUACCUUCGUUAUGUUUCAUGAAGAUAUUGGGGAAGAAAGCGACGAAAACACAGGUGAGAUGAUCGCGUGCACGAGCAUUGUCGGGGUGGGGGUCGUGAGCGCAGCUCUCGGGACGUAUUCGUCACUCGCCGAAAUAGCGAAUCAAUACUAAUGAAGUGUGUUCUUGUGCUUUGAUUCUUGUUAUUGUUUGAUAGAAACAACUUUGGAGUGUUUGUUGUCGUAUUUGAUGGACUUAUUGUCUCUGAUUUAUAUAUAUGGCGACGUUUAUAGUGCUGAA